AUGGCGGCGCCAGCUUCAACGGAACCUCUCGCGGUAGCGGCGCACACCGCGCUCCGCCCAUUGGGCGCGUCGGUGCGCAGGGUAGGGGCGGGGCCUUGUUCAGCGGGCUCGCCAAUCCGGCCGCCUCCUUUCCCCCGCUCCGCCUUCUUUUCGGGGCCGUGCUCCGCCCACACCCCGCACCCACGGCCGGGCAGCGCCGCCCACACCCCGCACCCACGGCCGGGCAGCGCCGCCCACACCCCGCACCCACGGCCGGGCAGCGCCGCCCACACCCCGCACCCGCGGCUGAGCAGCGCCGCCCACCCCGUCCGGCAUCCUCCGGGGAGCGGCGCUCCCCUCCACAUCCACAGCGAGGCAGCGCCUCGGACCCUGGGACGGAUGGCUGCGCUACAGCCCUUCCUUUCCCGAGGGGAACCCGUCAGGGCCUACUCCGGCCUCGCUAUGCCCGAAGUUCUGGCCGGGGAUGGUUGCCCCAGCCGGCAGGCAGGGCUGCGGUCGGACGGACGGGUGUGCACUGCGCGGCUGUCACAGGGACAGGAAGAAGCUGGCGCUGUGAGCCCCGCGGGAGACCGAACGCACCAGCACCUGCCCCAGCAGCCGCCACGCGAUGCCCUUGCUCGCAUUCCUCCUGAGGACUCCCGGUCCCCCUGCCGAAGUGAUGGCCCCGAGAAAACCCCUCGGUUCCCGGACGAAGGCCACGGCACUGCCUUCUUACCCACACCGCAGCCGCGGGGCGAGUUUCCGAGGGGGAGGAGCAGCGCGGGUUCCCCACGGACACCCCACCGGGAAGCCGUUCCGCGCAAGCCCGGCGGGCGGGGGGGGGACCGGCGGCGGCAGCAGGGAGGCGGCGACGGCGGGGCGGGCAGCGGGCCCGGGGCGUGGCGCGGGUCCGGCGGCGCCGGGAGGCGGCUCAGUCCCCGCUGCCAGCCGAGGGCGGCCGGCCCCGCGGAGCAGCCGCCCAGCCCGGCCCGCCCCGCGCCGGAGCCGCCGCCGGCCGGCGAGGGCGGCAGCAUGAGCGGCGGGCGUAGCGGGCGAUCCGCUGUGAAGAUGGAGGCGCCGUUUUACCCCGAGGAAGGACUGGAGCUGCUGCCCGACUUCGUACCGCUGCCGGGUUUCGGUACCGCCGGCGGACCUGGAGCCGAUGCGGCGGCGGGGCAGAAGCUGCUGCUCGGCGCCGGGAAGAAACGGGACCUGCCGGCUGCCGCCCCCGCGCCGCUCCCGGGGCCCUUCGCCCUUCGCCCGCCUGCCGGCGCCCGCGGCAGCGCGGCGGCUCUGCGCUUGCUGCCGCCACCGCCUGCCGCCGCCGCCGCCCCGCCGCCCACCGCGGGCUCCGCGGAGACGGGGAGCGGCGGCGGGGCGGCGGCGGCCCGCGGCGGCCCAGAGGCCGCGCUGGGGUCGGCUGCGGAGCUGCCGCUGCUGAAGCUGCCACCGGCCGCCGACCUGGAGCAGCUGCUGAUCCAGGGGGGCGCGGGGCUGGGCGCGGGCAGCCCGGGGCCGACGGCUCCCGGGGCGGGGAGCGGCGGGGCAGCGGCGGCGGGGCCGUUCCUCUACCGGCAGCCGGUGACGCAGGAACAGGAGGGUUUCGCCGACGGCUUCGUCAAGGCCCUGGCCGACCUGCAUAAGCAGAACCAGCUCCUGACGGCGCCGCCGCCGCUCUCCGCGCCGGGACCCUGCUGCACCGCCCGCCCGGGGCCACCGGGUGCCCCCGCCGCUGCCGCCGCCGACCCUCCGGCCGUCUACACCAACUUGAGCGGCUUCAACCCCGCGGGGCCGCUUAGCCCCUCGGGCAGCGCCUACCCCUCCGCUUCCGCCCCGCCACCGCCGCCGGGCCUGGCCUUCGGGGCCGCGGGUCUCGGGAGCGGCCGGCUGCCGCCGGCGCGGUCCCUGGAGGAGCCGCAGACGGUGCCCGAGGUGCCGCCGUCAGCGGGCGGGGAGGGUGGCAGCAGCGCGCCGACGCCGCCGUCGCUGUCGCCGCUGGACGCGGAGAGCCAGGAGCGGCUGAAGGCAGAGCGCAAGCGGCUGCGAAACCGCAUCGCCGCCUCCAAGUGCCGCCGGCGGAAGCUGGAGCGCAUCGCCCGGCUGGAGGAGAAGGUGAAGGCGCUCAAGGGGCAGAACGCCGAGCUGGCUGCCACCGCCAACCUCCUCCGCGCCCAGGUCACCCAGCUGCAGGGUCGCGUCCGCAGCCACCUCUCCUCCGGCUGCCACAUCAACGCCGCCGGGCAUCCUCCUCCUCCUCACGCCGCCGCCCAGCCGCGGGAGACUCCCCCCGAGGCGGCCGCCGCGCCGGAGACCAGCGCCUGCUGAGGAGGGACAACCCCGCCGGCCCCGGCCCCAAGUCCGCCCAGGGGCACCGCGGGGCCAAGGUGCGCGCCUGCUGCCGCCCUUCUGCUAUUAUUAUUAUUUUUAUUAUUAAUUAUUAUUAUUAUUAUUUAUUUGCGCCCGGAGAAGGCGUUUUUUGCGGGAGCCGGGUGUUGCUAAGCGUUUCCCGAGUUCUGUCGAUGUCACAUUCAGCAGCGAGGGUCUCGGUGGGUGGUUCUGGGGCAGGUGGUUGUUAAUUUUUCAGUGAAGUACUUGAGGUCUGUAGAGAUUUCCGAAAAUAAGAAAAUUACUGUUUACAGAAAGAUUCAACUUUAUUUUCAUGGGGGAUAUAAAACGUGUGUUUCCUAAUACACCUUACUGAACUGUAUAGCAAUGAAUAAGCUUUUCAGACUUAAAAAAAAAAAAAUAGCCAAGCCAGAAUCGUACCUUUUGAAAAGAUGUGCGUGUAUAUAUAUAUUUAAAACAUAAUAUGGCUAUGUAUAUUUUCUUGGUAUUGAUAAAGAACCUUUUUUAAAAUACUGUCUUUCUCUAGAGCUUUAAUUUGCCAUUGAGAGUUAAGACAGCUGUGUGGGUGCUCUUGCACUUACAUGGCUUUGAUUUUCAAAUCGAACCCUGGAGGGAAAUGAUUUUUGUUGUAAAUCUUAAAGCAGGUUGAAAUGCAUUGCUGACUCAGUCAUAGGAAAAUAGUUUUCUAAACCUGUAUGCUCCAUAUUUCUUGUGCCAGUGCAAACUUGGGGCAUUGAUAGUUAUUUAUUGAAACUUGAACACUUUUUGGACAUUGCCUAGACCUUAUUUUUCUAGAUAACACGUUAGUAGAGAAAAUGGUUACUUUGGCAAAAAGAGCUUUACUUUUUUUUUCCUUCACUGUGUACAUUCCAGUAGUGCGUGCUCUUUCUGUAGUAUAGUAACAAUUCAGUGCUAUACAGAAAAGGGCUCAGAUUUGGGGUGGGUUAGCUGUAAAGGUGAUAAUUCCAUUGUAUUCUGUUUGAAUAAAUCACAGAAAUAUUAUGGAGAACUAGAUUUAUUUUUCAGUAGAAAUCUGUGUAUCUUGCUUCUUGGUCUACUUUGUUCUAAAGAAACUUUCUGCAAUACUCUAGAGACAGAGUCAAUGCUAGAAUAUGAAGUGUUUUUCUGAUUGGGAAGAUUCGGUGUGAUUUAUUUCUUUGUCGAGAAUUUACUAGUAGAAGAGCAUAGCAAAGGAACUAUUUCUUCUGAUUAGACAUAAUCCUCAAUAAGUUUUUGAAAGCUUUAGGUCCCUUGCUCGGUGCCACUGCCUUCCAUGCUUCUGCUGCACCCGUGUUUUUUGAGCAUAGCCGCUAGUGCAGCGCUGCCGAGCCCUGUGGCAAUGGUGUGCUGGGAAGGGUCUGUCGGAGUGUGACGGUCACCUCACCAGAAAUCCCUCUGUGCAGAGGCCGCGGGCCGGCCCUGCCACUGGGGGAAGGCAGGGCUUCUCCUGAGCAGAUCCAGCUGCAGUGUGGGGCCCUCUUCCCUCGUUGAAACUGUGCUAAAAACUCUGCUUGAACUCAGAGGCAAAUCUUUCAUGGGGAUAUGUGGCUGUGCCAGCUGGUGGAAAGGGUGUAAUCGUAUGAGGAGCCAAGAGGGCAUAAACAUCUCUAUGUGUACAGCAAUUGCUCAGAUCUGUUAAAGCCACUCAGGAGCUGGUAAACAUCUCUUACCUCUUCUGAAGGCUACAGCUGAAAUCCAAUAAGAAUGGGAUAGACUCACGGUUUUUCAUGCUUUUAUUGGGGAUAUGUGAGUGCUAUCUGUUCAGAAGUUGAGCUGCAGCAAUCAAGUGUAUGAGCUUUUCCUUUUAGUGCAGUCGUUCCUGGCACAUGUAUGAAGUUAUAUGAGAAUGCGUAGUUACACUGUUACUGUAGCUGAGAUGGCUCCGAGGAUAUUUCUUUUCUUAAUGCAUAUGCAAAUUAGGUAGAAGCCAUAUUAAUCAUUGUAUAACUGUUUGAUCGUGUCACCAGAGCCUUUUUUGGUGGUUGAAAUGAUUGCCUGUAACAGUACAUUCUGCUGUUAGAAUUACUAAUGAGCAGAUAAAAAAAAAAUUUGAUCUUAACACAGGUUCAGAGACUUCUUAGGGGCAUUCUCAACCAUACUGCAUACAAUCUGUAGCACUGCCUGUUACAUAAUAACUGGGUGAAAAAUAUGGUUUUUUCUUUGGUAGUCAUCAUCCAUCUGCAAAGAUGCUGCAAGUCUGGAGAAACUGAUAAAAAACUUCUUUCCCCCCACACUUAACACUUUUCCCUAGUGAGAAAGGUAAAGCUGCCUGGUAGAUGUGAGAUACUUUACUGCAUAUGCAGUAUUAAGGCAUCCUGGAAAAAAAAUUGCAAGAGGUUUUUGGGUGAGCACCUCUACUUUGGUCCUUGUAUUUGUAAAUGAGUGUGAGUGUAGGGCUAGGUAAAGAUCUUGUGGUAGAGCACAGGAAAAUGAUAAAUGCAAUUGUGUAAUACGUCUUUACUUUGUAAUUUCUGCUCAUAAUAAAUUAGCAAUAUCCAAGCAACAUGGGGGAUCCAUAAGGCAUGGGAAAUCACAGCAAUUCCCCUUCCCAGACACGGGCAAAGCUCUAGUGGGGUAUAGUCUAGCAGGGUUAUAAUGAGCUCCCCCUUUACAGUAUGGUAAUGUUAAAGCUGAAAACCACCCCACAUUACCUCACUUGAGUUUGAACUUUCUGCAAGAGCAGUCUCACACCCAGCGUCUCAAAGACCUCAUGUGGUAAUUUCUUUGAUAGCCUGCUUUCUGUUCUAGCUGACAUCUGUUCAGUGCUAGAAGUGGUGACAGGCCAUCUCUCUUACCCUGAUGACUGAUGAGAGGUUACUAGUGAGGCUGGCAGCUCCAGCUCUCUGCCAGAGGCUACUGUUCUGGUAGUGGAGUAGUCCAAAAGAAAUGUGUUUUCUAUAGAGUGAUCAGUUUCCUUCAUAAAUGCCUUUUUUAUCUGGUAUUUAGGCUGAGAAACAGGAUCUAACAGUGACAUGACCAAAAUCUGAGAAUAGUGUUGGGGUGGUUGGAUUUUUUUUCCUGCUUGGACUGGUUCGACUAGAGGUUGCUGCAUUUUUUUGCAGAUAUUUGAGUGGAAAGCCUAAGCACCUAACACUUCAAACCAGUAUAAAAAGACUCAGGAGUACUUACUUGCUGCAGCUGUCAGACUUGAUUGUUCCUGUCUUCUAAAACGUCUCAAUACUCUUGACUUUUAGCCCUGCAGUGUUCCUAAGCCUUUAAAUACAGCUUCUCUAUUUCGUCUGCCUUUUUUCUUCAGUUUGUUGUUAAACAUAUGUGUCUUUUAGGUUUUUUGGUUUUCUGCCAAAAACUUUGGUCACUGUGAGACAUUAAAAGAUAGAUACUGGGUAAAAAUUUUUCAGACUGUUUAUAUGAUUUGCAUUCAUGUAGCUCCUUUUCAGUAACUCCAAGCAAGUUGGCUGUCUGUUGCUGUCAAGGAAAAAAAAAAAAAAAAGAAAACUACCAAAACCCCUCAAAAACAAAACCCCAAAAAAAACCAAACAAAAAAAUUAAAAUCCCAAAAUAAAACAGUUAUGUUCACUGUUAGCUCAGUGUUUUUUAGCAUUCUUCUUCAUUCUUCAAAACUACCAUGCUUUGUUAUACUUGUGCAUGCUAUUUUUUAGUCCUUGCAAAGACUCAUGCUCUGUGACUAUCUGCUCUGGAGACUAAAUAGUCUCCUCCUUUGUCUGUUUUGGUUGCUGGAUGCUUGCUCCUGUGCAUAUCAUUUUUUGCCCAGCAGUCUUUGAAUGUGCUUGAACCAAUAUCUUGGUUUAGAUGUGAAGUGCCUUCUUAUUUAGGUGCUACAGCAAAAGAGUUUGAUUCAUAUAUGGAGUUGAUUUAUUUGACUUGUUAUCAGAUCUUUUCUGUCUUGAAGUAGGAGGGGGAAUGUUUUCAGUCAGAGAAGAUUUGUUCACUCCUUCCUUUGGGCAGAGGGUGGAGCCCCCAUCAGAUCUGGCCCUGCUUGAUGUGAGUGCGAGGAAGCCACUCUGGUAACACUGACUCAAAUGAUGCCAUUGCUAGGAAAGUUGAUUGGUUUGGUCUCCAGUGCAGUGAAGUCUGUUGGAAUCACAAGGUCUCCAGAGAGGUCCAAGUAGCUGGGGACGUUGAGUUCUUGUGCUGGAGUCCUGCUUGGGCAGUAUCCUCUCAAGUCAGUGUGGACUAACUGAAGAAAAAGCAAAUCCGGCCUUUAUGAACUAAUUCUUCUGAAGCACAAAUACCUGGAAAUGCAUGUUGAGGUGUUGUGUGUAGACACCAGCAUGCAUAGAGAAAGGAAGGAACUGGGAUUUUCUUAGCUGCAACAGUACACAGUGGGGUUUUUCAUAUGCUUUUUUUGUGGUCAAAUUCUUCCAGAAGAAGACUAAGCUGCAUUUCUCUGUGUGAUCACAAGGUGAUUUUUCAGAUUCUCAGUCAAAUUGGAGGACUGUCAAGCCUUGCAAUGCUAAAUUAACACAAAAAGAGAACUUACUUUGAAGUCACAUUUAGCCUUAAUGUUAUCUGAAAUGCUGCAGUUAAUGUGUAGUGAUUUACUACAAGGUGAAAUUAUGAUUAUCAUAAGUAAUGUUUUAAAGUAGUCACCCUAAAUAAUUGCUUACGUGACGUUUGCUUUUUUGUCUGCUGCCAAAAAGUCUCUAUCCAUAGCGGAGCUAGCUGUAAAUUGAGCUUUGCUCUCAAUUUCUAGUACUAGUAACAAACAGGGUCUGUAAUAGUUUCAGGAGUAAAUGUUCUGGCUAAAGAAUGAACAUUUCUGUAGGAGUGCUUUGACAUGAUGGUUGGGUUUGAAGCCUUGCUGACAUGGAGAUAAUAGAUUAUGACCAGUUCACUGUGCACUAAUACAUUGGUAGCUUCUGAUGUUUAGCAUACUGCUGAUAAGAUUUACUACUACUGUUACUUACUGGUUAAGAAGAGGUAUGGGUGGAAUUGUAAGUCACCUAAAUAGGGUCCAUGCAGCCGUGGAGAGCUGUCUUGCUGGAGAUCAGUAACAGACUCCCAUCCCAUACAGGGGGGAAGAGAAAAAUCAUUGGUUGCAGUCUCUGUUUUGGUUAUGCAAGUUCAAUUACUUUUUUAGGUUGAGUCCUGUUUUACUCUUAUCUCAAAAUUUAUUUGAAUAAAUUUGAAAACCUUUCUAAUAACUACCUUGAAGCAUGUCUUGCAACUGUUCAAUUUCAAUCAGUGGUUGUCCAAUUGUGGUAUUACUUCUGUCAUAGAUGAAGAAAGCUCUUAAAGAAGUCAGACUUCUCACUGCAUCCCCAUUCUUAAACAAUGGUCUGAAUAGGUGAAAAAUUAUGACCAAUACCUUGAAUUCUUAGGAGUUCUUUGAUACCAUUUCCUUGUCCUCUUCAGAGAGCUUCCCCCUGCCCCAAGGGAUGUGUCCCUCCUGCCCCAUAUGGAAAAUUGGCCUUUAAGAACUAACUGUUUUAAAAUAAUGAAAUAACUAACUAACUGACUAACUAAAGAUAGUCUUCUGGUACAUGCUAAGUAAUUUGAAAGAUAACAUACUGAACCUGACAAUCUUUCCCACACCUCUGUUUCAUAAAUCUUCAGAUUUUCUUGUAAAGCAGGACACAAGCAAUUGAGUAGUCUCAAAAAAAGUUAGUGUGCUGUUCCAGAGAAUGUAUUUUGGAUAGUCUCCUUCUUUUUUCCUAGUGACAGCUAUGGAAAGAGAGCAGUAGAAGACACUGGUAUAUAGCUUGCUGUUCUUCACAAGUAGAGACAGAGUUUGAAUUCUUGGAUUUUUUCCAACUUUUACCAUUCUGUCUUUUAACAUCCUUUGUGUGAGGGUGACAGCAAUAGUGAGGAAAUACUAUUAGGGAGUUCAAUGUUCUUGUUAUAUCUAAUGUCACAUAAGUUAUGGCCUUAAGUAGCUAGGACACCUACUUAUGGUCUGCAAGAUGACACAUUCAGAAUAGGGAUUCCUAAAAUGCCGCCAAAGUGUUUUUAUCAAUCCAAACCAUUUUGUGCCAGUUACUAAAAUGGUACUGUAAAUCCUUGUGAUUUUUGACAGUCUUUGUGUGCACCCUAUAAAUGAAAUCACCACACAAACUGGUAUGUCCACAUGGUGUGAUACCAGGUUCCCAGCAGGCCAGUAGUGUCUAAUGAAGUUUACUUCUUUAUUCCUUUCUCCACUGGUAGUAGUUAGAGAUGAUUUUUGAAGUUAUCAGCACCAGGAAGGAGAAACAAAAUGGAAUCCAAGGAAAAAAUAAUAUUUAUCUCUGAAACAGUAUUUAAUAGUAGUAUUUGUUUAAGUAUGUUUAAGUAGCAGAUAAUUAGGACUGCUCUUCAGAAUGCUUUUUAACUUACUUUGUUUUGUUAUUACUGCAUAAGUGUCUUCUAAAUGUCUCUUCUUUAGAAACUGUGCCCCUGCCUGUUUGGCCUGAUGACUAGUGAUUUCACACUUACCCUUAUUUAUUUAAAGCCAUGGCAACCACCAUACUGAAAUGGCAUGAAGUAAAGCCCAGGUCUGCAUGCUGACUGGUGAUGCAAAGGUUUGCUCUCUAAUAAAAUGCAGCCCAUGAAGGACGAGCUCCAAAAAGCAGCUACGCCCUGUCUUCAAGCAUUUGCUCUAAUUUCAAGGCUUUGCCAUGUGGUGUUGCUCAAUGUGCAGCAAAACAAGUUCUUGCGAGCCCCUUGAGCAUUCCUCCACGUGUAACAGAUUAAAUAUUCAGGCUUUGUUAACUCUCCCACAUGCCCCCCAAGAAAGAAGAACCAAACCAAACCAAAACCAACAGAAUCAAACCCAAACCUGAAACAAAAGGCCUAACACGAGUAUAUAUCAGAGAAUUGUUUUGCUUUGUUGCAAAGUGCUGUUAAUUACAGAGACGCAGUUCUGACAUGUGAGCCAUCAAUCUAAACACUCCCAACAGUGAUUUUGCUUUGGUUGUGCUUUGCUAUUUUGUACAGGACAAAGGGAAGGGAGUAAGUGUUGCAAUAUAGUAUUGUGCAAUUCCUGACUUUUAAAUAGAAAAUGAUAGGCAAGUCUGCAUAGUCUUGCACACCAAAAUUUAGCCACUGAUUUUUGCCACUCCCACUCUUCCUAAUCAAGAAUACUGGCUAAUCAGGAAUACUGGCUAAUCAGGAAUACUGGCUAAUCAGGAAUACUGGCUUCUUAAGGUCAAAAAGAGAGAAGGGGGAGAAGGGUAGAGAGAUUAAGAGGUGGCAGUACCAGGGGUAUCUUGCUGUGAAGGGUUUUGAACCUUCUUGGCUUUAAAAGUCAAUCUGUAAGGUUACCUCUAGUUUAUGAUAUCUGAAGGUAAUUCUUAGACUCCCAGUGCGGCAUCUUACCAGGAAAGGCAGCUGGGUCUGUAGUGCUGCAUAAGUCUUUUUGUGAAGUAGCUCUUCAGCUUUUUGUUUUUUCCAUCUGUGGAGUUGUAGCACAUUCUUCCACGGCAGUUUCUCUUUGCUUUAGUGUCUCAUCUAAAGCUGCUUGUUGUUCCUGCAGUUUCUGCCUACAGUGAAAAAUCUUGCUGAGGUUUGGGGGAACACACAUGUGCCCUCACUGUGUGAUGUGUGUAGGACUUAAAAGAGAUCCCCUUAGAAAGAACUAGCUCCAGUUAGGUGCAGACUGGGAAAGAUUAAAUUAGUCAUUCUUCAUGCAGUAUGUCUUUCUGUCAGUUCAACGGAGGAACUAACUCCCAUCAGAUAAAGGAGAGGUCUUGAGCAAUAGGAUCCUGCUUUGAAAACCCUUGGUGGUUUCUGGUUCUUGCUGAGCUUCUGUGAUGCAGAAAACACUUAAUGAUCUGCAUUACUAUAAUCACAAUAACUUGCAAUGUCAUGGGUCGGGCUGCUGGUAGUAUCAUGCUGGUAGUUCUGUGGUCCUUAUUGGGAUUCAAGCCACAUGCUGAUUAACAGAAUAAGGGAUUUCCUGUAAAGGGCAAGAAUCCCACCCUGCUGUGUCACCACCAGCAUUUCCAAGCGUUCUUUUUGUCCAAAAGAGGUGUGAGCAAACUGUUGCUUCCUAAAGUUCUUCAAUCCAAGUUGGUUCUUCAUAGGCCUUCAGGCAUGGCGCUGAAACUUUCUCCUUCAAGGUAGCUCUUCAAAGCUCUUCAAAGGUGGAAGCCGAGCAGUUCAAACUGGGCUUUGCCUCUUCCAGCAGCUUACAUGCAACUAGUUGGUGGGUGGGUAUCUGUCUACAUCCUUUCUUGGGUUUUUUUAAAGUUGGGUUUAUAUGUACCUUCUUAUUCUGCCUUACUAAAUUAGCUGGCACAGUGGAAGCCUCUGAGAAACCCUUUAAAAAUCCCUGAUUUCGGUAGAAUUUUAUAAAAUCGCAGCAUGUGAAUAAAUUAAAAAAACCCAAUGAAACAAAAAAACCCAAUGAAACAAAAAACCCAAACAAAAAAAACAAACAAAAAAACCACCCCAAAAACCCCCCACAAAACCAACCCAAAACAGACAAUAAAACAAAUAACUCUGUAUGGAUAUCAUAGACCUGAUUGAUUUUGGGAAGUCUUCAAACAGGUAUGCUGGCAAGGGCUUUGCGCACAGAUGGAGAUAAUAGUGAAACAAAAUUGAGUAGCUACUCAUUUGCUGGAUUUGGUCAGGAGAGAUUUAAAAGGACACUUCUGAGAACUUUUUUCUGAUGUGGUGAUUUUUUAAAAUGUAAACAAGCUACAGGGCUUAAUAACUGAGGAUUAUGUCCAUUGUAAUUUUUUUGCAUUACUUUUACUAACUGUAUUAUAUUCAAAAUACUUAUUUCUGAGACAAAGUGGACGAUACUAGUGGGCAUCUUGCACUUGAUUAAAUGUAAAACAUUUUCUUAAUUUAGUGAUGUGUUUAGGAGAAUACUGUAACUUACUAAAUAUACAACAGUGAUAACUGUGUUUACAAUAAUUUUAAAAUUCCUACUGUUCAGUGGUAGCCAACUUGUUUGAGAAUUGAAAAUAAGGCAUACUGCAGUUGGCAAUCUUGGAAAAAUUAACUCAAUGCUGCUACCACUAAAUACUGUGGGAUGGAUACAGUGGGUUUAAAUGGCAGCAGGAUUGUAUUCCAAGCCUCUGUCUUAAGUACUUAAUGACUAAAAGGCGACUUGCCUUGUGCUCAUUUAUGUAUCCCUGUGUGUAGUACAUCAGAAAUCUGUUAAUGAUUGAUUUGUAACAUUAGGACCUUUAUGGAGAUCACAGUGGGGUUUUUGUUUGUUUUUGUUUGUGAGCAGACACUUAGACAUUUUGGAAUGUAUAACAUUGAUCCUUGUGCUGGAAUUGUUUACAUGCAAAAAUGUAUUUAUGAUUUUUUGCAAACUGCAAUGUGCAAUUUUGUACAUGUGUUUUAAACUACAGAGUUUAUAAGGAAGAUAUUGUAUGUACAGUACUUGGACAUGAGUAUUAUUUCUUUGAUAUAAAUAUCUAGAGGAAAAUUAAAAUUGCUUUAUAUUCA